AUGGUAUCCGCGUCCUGUCUCAAUAGUGCCCUGCAUGGAAAGAUCGGCUUCUUCAGCAAAGCCCCUCUAGCCUUCGGAUACACGCAUCCGUCACCUUCGGAAUGUGCCAUCGAGUGCGAGAGCCUGAGCACUUGCCAGGCAUGGCUCUUCACUGUCAACGGCAAGGAAUGCCAAUUGUACGGCUCGGGCCCGGUCGCGCAGGCGGAGAAUGCGGGUUUCAUCUUGGGACUGUGUGGUGAGGAGCAUACUAAUACGCCAACUGUUUCGCCUUCAUCCAAGCUCGUACCUGGGCCGUCGGCCUCUCCUGGAAUUGUUUCUGCCUCUCAUUCUUCUGUCCCCGCGUCAAAUGCAAACAAAGCUUCCGCAGACCAUCUGAAGCGGCAUCAACACGGGCACGUUGGCCACCACCACAACCACCAUUAG